UGUGUUCCGCGAUGCAUGGGAUUGUUAAUCCAAGUACUAGGAAUUCGAGAAGUGAUGAACCGCUCGUGCUCGGCUUCGCUUCGCACUGCUCACCCGUGUACAAGUUAUCGUGAAUAAGAGCCCAGCGUAGCUUAUAGCUACCACAUUUCCCCUCGCUCUCUCUCUCUCUCUCUCUCCUCCCCCUCUUUCUCUCUCUCUCUGUCAGGUCAUGGAGUCGAGAAUACUGUCACGCACCGCCACCUUCGGUUCCCUCUCCAACCUCCGGAAGCUACCGAGAGAGAGCGGCAGCAGCUGCAACACCACUAGCGUCAGCUUCGUCUCGGCGAGGCCGAUAGGAGCCGUGGGAGAAGGAGGGAACCUGAUAUGGGGGAGGCAGCUCCGACCGGCUCUGCUGCUUGAGAGCUCGAGCCUCGGCGGGAAGCCGCGAGAGACUCUAAGGGCUGGCCACGUGGGCGCCGCUGCCUCUUCAUCGCCCGCCGAAGGGAGCGAUUCCGCCGGGGAAGCGAAGGUUGCUCCGCUAGGGUUCAUCGAUAAGUACCCGGCUCUCGUCACGGGGUUCUUCUUCUUCAUGUGGUACUUCCUGAACGUGAUUUUCAACAUAAUCAACAAAAAGAUCUACAAUUACUUCCCGUAUCCUUAUUUUGUGUCGGUUGUGCACUUGUUCGUCGGGGUGGUUUACUGUUUGGUGAGCUGGGCCGUGGGCCUUCCCAAGCGCGCUCCUAUGGACUCAAACCUCCUAAAGCUGUUGAUCCCUGUUGCUGUGUGUCACGCACUUGGCCACGUGACCAGUAAUGUCUCUUUUGCAGCUGUUGCUGUCUCCUUCACUCAUACAAUCAAAGCUCUUGAGCCCUUCUUUAAUGCUGCUGCCUCUCAGUUCAUUCUUGGGCAAUCAAUACCCAUCACUUUAUGGCUGUCCCUGGCUCCCGUUGUUCUUGGUGUGUCCAUGGCAUCGUUGACCGAGCUGUCAUUCAACUGGACUGGCUUCAUUAGUGCCAUGAUUUCCAAUAUAUCCUUUACUUACAGGAGUAUUUAUUCAAAGAAAGCCAUGACUGACAUGGAUAGUACUAAUAUCUAUGCUUAUAUUUCGAUCAUUGCCCUCUUCGUCUGUAUUCCACCUGCCAUCAUUUUGGAGGGACCUCAACUACUUAAGCAUGGUUUUAAUGAUGCAAUUGCAAAAGUAGGUCUAACCAAGUUCAUCACAGACCUUUUUUGGGUGGGGAUGUUUUACCACCUUUACAAUCAGUUGGCCACCAACACCCUGGAGAGGGUGGCACCUCUUACACAUGCAGUAGGCAACGUGUUGAAACGAGUAUUUGUGAUUGGAUUCUCAAUCCUGAUCUUCGGUAAUAAGAUUUCAACACAAACUGGUGUUGGAACAGCCAUUGCAAUUGCUGGUGUAGCAAUCUACUCUUACAUCAAGGCCAAGAUGGAAGAAGAGAAACGACAAGCGAAAGCAGCAUGAGAAGAAAAGAGGUCUGAACAUGGGGAAGAAAAUAAUCAUGCGAUGUAAAUUUUUAAAUGUUUCCUUCAUUAAAAGAAAAAAGGAUGACAAUUUGAGUAUCCGAAAAAAAAAGGUGGUGUAUCCUAUUAUCUUAAUAUCUUUGAUUCAUUGUG